CGCGGCCCCUCAGCUCAGCCCCGCCCCGAGCGGCGGCGGCGGCGCCGGCCUGACCCCGCUCCGGUCCGGUCCCGUCGGGUGCGCGGCGAGCGGCGGCCCCUGCGGCGGGGCGGCGGCGGCGGCAUGGCCGUGCCCUGGGCUCUGCCCGCGCCCCUCAGCCCGGCGCAGCUGAAGCGCCUGGAGCAGCACCGCUACAGCGCGGCCGGGCGCUCGCUGCUGGAGCCGUGGCUGCAGCCCUAUUGGGCCUGGCUGGUGGAGCAGGUCCCUCUGGGGCUGGCCCCCAACGCCAUCACCCUGGGCGGCCUCUUGCUGAACUGCCUGACGGCGCUGCCGCUCAUCGCCUGCUGCCCCACCGCCACCGAGCAGGCACCUUUUUGGGCAUACAUCCUGGGUGCAUUAGGACUUUUUAUCUACCAGUCUCUGGAUGCCAUUGAUGGGAAGCAAGCCAGAAGAACAAACAGUAGUUCUCCUCUAGGAGAACUCUUUGAUCAUGGUUGCGACUCUAUUUCCACAGUUUUUGUUGUCCUUGGAUCCUGCAUAGCAAUCCGACUAGGAACAAAUCCUGACUGGUUGUUUUUCAGUUGUUUUGUGGGACUGUUCAUGUUCUAUUCUGCUCACUGGCAGACAUAUGUAUCAGGCAUACUAAGGUUUGGAAAAGUUGAUGUAACUGAAGCUCAGAUAGCCAUAACAGUGCUGCUCUUGAUAUCUGCGUGUGGUGGAACAGCAAUAUGGGACUUUAAGGUCCCUUUGGUGGGCUUAGAGCUGAAGUUCUUUGCAGUUUUUGUCAUACUGUGUGGAACAGCACUUUCUUUUUUCAAUUACUUCCGUGUCAUCUUUGGUGGAGGGGUUGGAAAGAAUGGAUCUACGAUAGCAGGAACAAGUGUUCUUUCACCAGGCCUGCACAUCGGACUUCUUAUCACUCUGGCCAUUAUGAUCUAUAAAAAGUCUACAACUCAGCUGUUUGAAAAACAUUCUUGUCUGUAUAUCCUGACCUUUGGAUUUGUGAACGCUAAGAUCUCGCAGAAGUUGGUGGUGGCUCACAUGACAAAAAGUGAAAUCUGUCUUCAGGACACUGCAUUUAUUGGGCCAGGACUUCUGUUUUUGGACCAGUACUUCAACAGUUUUGUUGAUGAAUAUAUUGUUCUAUGGAUAGCACUGUUCAUAUCCUUGUUUGACAUGCUGAGAUAUGCCACUGGUGUAUGCCUGCAGAUUGCUGCUCAUCUUCAUAUACAUGUCUUCAGAAUUUCAUCUCAUCAAGCUCCUGAACAGGUACAGGUUGUUUCUCCAUUGAGCCAUCAGAAUAACAUGGACUGAAGAGACUUGCGAACAGUUGCCAUCUCCUGCUGUUGCUGUUACAAGAAAAGGAGAUAAUGCUGAAUAAAUGCCAUCUCGAUAUGAUUGCUUUAAGCUAAUUAAAUGAAUGUCAAAUGACUUUUUCAUAGAA